CUCAAGAGUCAACCUGUCGGCAUGGAGGACGACUAUGUUGUGCAAAAGCGAAUGCAGCAGCGGGAAUAUGCAAAGCAGCUGGAGGCGCAGAUGGAAGAGCACCAUCGCAAAUACCGGCGAGGUCGGAAUGCUGGACAGUCGCCGUUGAAAUUGCCCCAACUCGCCAUCGUGCCUGGUGGGACCACACCGUUGACGACCCCCACGAAGGCUGCGACAUCGACGAGCUCUCCCAACCGACUUGUCAGCUUCCGUUCAGACGACGCGCAGCCAGAGACGUCUGACUCGGGCGACUUGCGCACAGUCGUGCGGCAGCUCCAGACCGACUUUGCCCAGCACGUUCACCUCGUCCAUCAACUCACGACGACCGUGAACGAGGUGAACCGCAUGAUCGAAAGUGUGCGAGUACUAAUUUAUAUGGAUACACGAAUUAUACUGUUUCAGAAACACAACGCUGUCGUUCAGAGGCUGUUGGACCUCAUCCAGAGCCCCAUGAUGCCGUCGUCCGCAACCAUCGCAACGACGAUGGACAUCCCGUCCACAUUGUUGGCCGUUCCAACCCUCGCGCAGCAUGCCACCCGCCUCGACGCGCUAGAAAAAGCCGUCGUCGUAGCCACUUCCAAUGCACUGCUUCGCGAGGAUUUCGAUGCCAUGGCCACCGUGCUAAUCGAGAACAAAUCGCAAGUGCUGGCCCAUGUGACAGCGUUGGGGGAGCGAGUGCGGGCAGUCGAGGCGACGAUAGCCACGCAAUGUCCAACGUGGAGCCACGUCCAAGAAAUGCAUGCCAAGGUCACCGACGCCAUGGCGCAGCUCCGCGUCGACGUCGAGCGAACGAUGGUCGUUAAAUUGAGGGAAGUCCUGGACCACCGCGACCAAUUGCAAGCCGAGACCCACGCGUCCCACAGUGUGCUGUCGCAGCUGAGUUCGAAUGUCGAUAUACGGAGGCAGGAGGCCACGGGGGUGCGCGUAGCGGCGUUGGAAGCUAGCCUUGUGGACGAACAUCGCGCUCGCAUGGACUUGGAAGUGGCGGUGCAAAACAAGAUGGAGCAGGUGGUCACGGCCACCGAAGCGGCCAUGCUGAAGGUGGACACGUGGCAACGUGUGGAGCAGGCUCGGUGGGGUCAGUGGACAGCCCAGCACUUGGCUGCAAACGAAGCGCAGUGGUCCUACGCACAGUCAAAAUGGACAGACUGGCACGACCAACUCAGCCGGCGGAUGGAGGUCCGUCGAGACAACCAAAAGGGUCAUGCCAACCAAACUUGGCUGCGUAGGAGGUCGCAACUGCGUCAGCAGAGCAACGUACGCAAGUGCAGCAACAUUUGGCAAACAUGGACAAAGUGGUGGCGGCGGAAAUUCGCAAACGAGCCAGUGACAUUGCGGCGGUACAAGCGGCCGGAGUCGACACAUGCGAACGACUGGUGCGCCAGUGGAAGCGCGAGUCGCAGGAACAGUUGCGGCCGUUGAUGGCCCAGGUAUCGACCCUGGAGACGCGCACCGCGGCAGCUCAAGACGAAGCCCGGCAGUAUCGAGAUACAGAGCAGCGGCUGCGGGACGACGUGCAUGUGUUCACGUUGAAACACCAGGACGCCAUUGCCAUUGUUCGCGUGGAUGCGGAAUGCCAAGGGCGGGCAUUGGCUUGUGAAAUGAAGGCCCUGCAAAGAGAUGCCGAAGGUAUGGCGAGGCGUUUAGUGGCGUUGGAAACCGAGAGACAAGUGCGGCGGCAGAAUGACGGUACCUAGUGGCUAAGAACACAAGAUUGACAUUUCAAUCGUGUGAAGUUGGUGUCGCGACCUUUGCAUAGGUACAGUACAACUAGUAGGACAAAGGCAGGCUUGUCCCUUGAAAGAAUAGGACGUGGUAGUACUACUACCAAGGCGUCCAUACGUAGCUUGCGGUACAGGAUGUCAAGUACGACCGUGUGGCUCUGCGCCCUUUCAUCCUCAUUUCGAUCCAUUGCGUACUUUCAUAUCCGGACAAAAAGCCAGGGCAGAAAGUGGUUACGUGUCGGUUCCCAAGUUGUUCCGUGCCAUCCCUUCGUCGAGCGUCGCCUGGACGUGGCAGCGUCAUGCAUGCAUGUCUUCAUUUCAAGCCUUGACAUGUACAUGCAUACCCGUCCUCUUAGCUGAACGGUCCAAGCGCUGGUCAUCGGGACCGCAAUGCAGCGGCCCGAUUACUCACCUUCCACCUUUCUGGGAGAGACCAUCUGUAUACAAUUCUUAAGUGCUUUGCCGUCCCGAGUUGCUUGGACGCCUCCACGACCAGAGACCAUAGGAUAUGCGCAUACGUGAAUAUCUAAAAAUGUGUGCAAAGCGGUCGUGGAAUGUCUCUCCCAGGCAUUUGCCUGCG